AUGAGCUUCGGUCAGGCUGUUCUGUCACAGAUUACGGUGGCCAAGGUCAUCCUAGGACUGCUCGCAUAUGCUGUACUUCGAGUUGUCUACCAGGUUGUCUACUACCGCUUCUUUCACUCUCUAUCUGCCUUCCCCGGUCCGUUCUGGGGAAGUGUCACUCGGUUCUGGAUAGCAUGGCACAACCUGAAGGAAACUGAGGUGCCUACUGUGCACGCUCUGACGAAGAAAUAUGGCCCCGUUGUGCGCAUCACUCCUACAAUGCUGCUGGUCAGCGACCCCAAGAAGCUGCCCGAGGUCUACCACCGGCGCGCCGACAAGACCAGCCACUAUAUUACCGGAAGUUUUGGAGAGUCAGAGAGUUUGUUCAACAUGAGGGGCCACAAGACUCAUGCUACAUUCAGGAAGCAUGUUGCUGGUCCUUACAGCUUCAGCAACAUGAAGAAGAUGGAGCCAUUGGUGGAUGCGCACAUUGCGCAGUGGGAUAACCAGCUCAAGGAGAAAUUUGCUAAAACUGGUGCUACCUUUGACUUUUCGUGGUGGGCAGUGUACCUGGUCUACGACAUCAUCAGCGAAAUCGGAUUUGGCGCUCCCUUCGGCUUCAUCAAACAAGGAAAGGAUAUCGGCGGUCUCGUCCAAGGCUUCCACGACGGCCUUCCAGCCUUCGGCCUCCUCGCCCGCCUCUACCCUUUCACCAACUGGAUGAAAUCCACUUUCCUGAAGAAAUACCUCGUCGCCACACCCGCCGAUGACUCCGGAAUUGGCGUCCUCAUGCGUUUCCGCGACAGCCUCAUUGACCAACGCCUGAAGGACAUCGAAGACGGCAAGAAAAUCACCCGCGUUGACCUACUCCAGACCUUCCUCGAAGCUCGCACCGAAGAUGGCAAGCCUCUCGACAUGGAAUACAUCCGCGCAGAGACCCUUCUUGUCCUCCUCGCCGGCGCCGAUACAACAGGAACAGCCUUCCAGGCAAUGAUCCAGUACUUGCUCAAGAACCCGGAGUCCUUCAAGCGCAUGAGGCGCGAGAUCGACGAAGCAGACGACAAGAACCUCCUCUCUGCUAUUCCGCAGUACAACGAGGUUAUCGAGCAUCUCCCCUUCUACGUCGCCUGCGUCAAGGAAGCUAUGCGUCUCUGCCCCUCCGCACCGAAUAUCUUCCCGCGCUACGUCUCCGACCCCGGUCUCGAGCUCUACGGCAAGUUUGUGGCCCCUGGUAACGAGAUCUCCUGCAACCCGUACCUUGUCCAGCGCGACCCGGAGCUCUAUGGUGAGGAUGCGGAGGAGUACCGGCCAGAGCGCUGGUUGGAUCCUGAACGUGCCAAGCUGUACAACAAGUACAACUUUGCGUUCGGGUAUGGAUCGCGGGUUUGUCUGGGCAAGGAUAUUGCCAUGAUGGAGUUGUACAAGGGGCCGUUGCAGUUCCUCCGGAAAUAUGACCUCGAAGUUCCUCAGGAUAAACCUGCGCCGCAGUUCUGUGUUAAGGGGGGUGUUGGGUUUUGGAGGGAUGUUUGGUUGAAUAUUUCUAAGCGGCCUUGA